AGAGUCUCUCAAUGAACUUGACUUGUCAAGUAAUAUUUUCACGGGUGAAAUCCCUAAUUCCAUUGGAAAUUUGAGAAACCUUUCCAUACUUUAUCUAGAGAGUAACAAACUUUCUGGUCCUAUUCUUCUUUCUAUCUGGAACAUGACCAUGCUCACUACACUUGCUCUGGGUCAAAAUAAUUUAUCUGGAUAUGUUCCUUCAGAAAUAGGACAACUUAAAUCUCUAGAGAAAUUAAGCUUCGUUAAGAACAAACUUCACGGCCCAUUGCCCCUAGAGAUGAACAAUCUCACCCAUUUAAAGUCUUUGAGUUUGUCUGACAACGAAUUCACGGGUUAUUUGCCACAAGAGGUAUGCCAUGGAGGAGUAUUGGAAAAUCUUACCGCUGCCAACAACUAUUUCUCUGGUUCCAUCCCGAAAAGCUUGAAAAACUGUACCAGUUUACACCGACUAAGAUUUGAUAGGAAUCAAUUGACAGGAAAUAUUUCAGAGGAUUUUGGCAUCUAUCCACAUUUGGAUUAUGUUGAUUUGAGUUACAAUAAUUUUUAUGGCAAGCUUUCUUUGAAAUGGGGAGAUUAUCGUAACAUAACGAGCUUGAAAAUCUCAAACAAUAAUGUUUCUGGGGAGAUACCAGCAGAGCUCGGGAAGGCUACUCAGUUACAAUUGAUUGAUCUGACAUCAAAUCACUUAGAAGGAACCAUCCCAAAAGAAUUAGGGGGGUUGAAGCUGUUGUACAGCCUUACUCUUAGCAACAACCGUCUUUCAGGUGGCAUUCCCUCAGACAUCAAGAUGCUUUCUUCUCUCAAAAUCCUUGAUUUAGCAUCUAAUAGUCUAAGUGGAUCGAUUCCAAAACAACUUGGGGAGUGCUCAAAUUUAUUGUUGCUGAACCUCAGUGAUAAUAAAUUUACAAAUAGCAUUCCACAGGAGAUAGGCUUUCUGCGUUCUCUUCAAGAUCUUGAUCUUAGUUGCAAUUUCUUAGUUCAAGAGAUACCGUGGCAACUUGGGCAACUGCAAAUGUUGGAAACUCUGAAUGUCUCUCACAACAUGCUUUCUGGAUUGAUUCCGCGCUCUUUCAAAAAUCUAUUAAGCUUGACAGUUGUGGAUAUAUCAUCCAAUAAGCUACAAGGCCCCAUUCCCGAUAUCAAAGCCUUCCACAACGCUUCAUUUGAGGCAUUAAGGGAUAAUAUGGGUAUAUGUGGCAACGCCAGUCGUCUAAAGCCAUGCAAUCUUCCAAAAAGCAGCAGAACUGUUAAGAGAAAGAGCAACAAACUUGUUAUUUUGAUUGUACUCCCUCUUUUAGGAAGCUUACUCUUAGUGAUUGUUGUGAUUGGAGCUUUAUUCAUUCUCCGCCAAAGAGCUAGGAAGAGAAAAGCUGAGCCAGAAAAUGAACAAGAUCGAAACAUAUUCACGAUAUUGGGCCAUGAUGGGAAGAAGUUGUAUGAGAAUAUCGUUGAAGCUACAGAGGAAUUCAACUCCAACUACUGCAUUGGCGAAGGAGGAUAUGGAACUGUUUAUAAAGCCGUGAUGCCAACAGAACAGGUGGUUGCUGUGAAGAAACUUCACCGGUCACAAGCAGAAAAGUUGUCCGAUUUUAAAGCUUUUGAAAAGGAAGUUUGUGUGUUGGCAAAUAUUCGACAUCGAAAUAUUGUGAAAAUGUAUGGAUUUUGCUCACAUGCAAAGCAUUCUUUUUUGGUUUAUGAGUUCAUUGAAAGAGGAAGCUUGAGAAAGAUUAUAACCAGUGAGGAACAAGCAAUUGAGUUCGAUUGGAUGAAAAGGCUAAAUGUUGUGAAAGGGAUGGCUGGGGCUUUAUCCUAUCUACACCAUUCUUGCUCUCCUCCGAUCAUUCAUCGAGACAUUACCAGCAAUAAUGUCCUUCUGGAUUUGGAAUAUGAGGCACAUGUCUCUGACUUUGGCACAGCUAGAAUGUUGAUGCCUGACUCAUCCAAUUGGACCUCAUUUGCAGGUACUUUUGGAUAUACUGCUCCAGAGCUAGCUUACACGAUGAAAGUCACUGAAAAAUGUGAUGUCUAUAGCUUCGGAGUGGUAACAAUGGAAGUGAUGAUGGGAAGGCACCCAGGCGAUCUCGUCUCCACACUCUCAUCACAAGCAACUUCCUCAUCAUCUUCGAUGCCACCGAUUUCUCAACAGACAUUGUUGAAGGAUGUGCUUGACCAACGCAUCUCGCUUCCUAAAAAACGAGCAGCAGAGGGUGUUGUCCAUAUCAUGAAGAUAGCACUCGCAUGCUUGCAUCCCAAUCCGCAAUCCCGACCUACAAUGGGAAGAAUUUCUUCGGAGCUUGCAACUAAUUGGCCUCCUUUGCCAAAGGAAUUUUACACAACAAGUUUGGAAGAUAUAUUCUCACACACAUGCAGUUAAUGUGAUUAUAUGAUCAGCUUUGUAGAAAUUAUAGGUUACCAAGGCGGGCUUUGUUGGGUUUUGGCUAACUUUCUUCGAUUGUCUUCUUGAAAAAUAAAUGUUGUAAUUUGCUAUAGAUUGUGUUCAUGGGUUGUAAGUGCGUGAGGAAAUACUGUUUUAUAAUGGAUUGAUCAUUCAGUAGAUUCAACUUCGUAAGAA